GAUUCCUCUGUGUGUGUGAGAAGUGAGUGAACGCGUUUGGUGACUGUAGAUGUUCAACAUGGCGAGCGACGGGCCACCGGGCGCUGAAUCAAACGUAGACUUUAACUCAUGGAGCCACGGCGAGUUACAGGCCAAAUUGGCGGAGUUUGGAGCUCCUAAUAUGGGCCCCAGAGAGGAGCUCAUAGACAGACUGAAAGCUUAUGCUCAGUCUGGGAUGAUCUUGACUAAACCAAACAUGUCAGGAGGAGAUGAUAAGGGCAUGACUACGAUGCCAGGCCUGCCGCCCAUGCCCCCAAUGCCAUCCAUGCCCCUGCCGCCGGGCAUGAACAUGAUGCAGGCCAUGAACAUGAUGGGCGGCCCUCCACCCAUACACAUGGGCAUAGAGCCUCCCGGCAUGAUCCAGCAUGAUGACAGAGCCCAUCAGGGUGAUUCACGUGGGAUGGAGGAGCAGAUGAAGGAACAGGAGCUUCUAGAGCAGCAGAAACGGGCUGCUGUGCUGCUGGAACAUGAAAGGCAGCAAGAAUUUGCUAAAAUCCAACAGGGGCCACCAGGCACCAGGGGGCCCGAACUGGGACCUCGACCCAACCUCCUGCCCCCCAUCCCCCCUCUCCGAGUUGGGCCACAGAGCGGUCCACCACCUCCAGGUGUUUCUGUGGCACCCCAGCCUGCCAAUCAGAGGCAGAAGGUCCCGCCCCCUCCUGGAGAGGAUGUCAGAGAGGUGUGGCAGGGUGAAGAUGUUGGCAUCGGGCCGAAGAUUCCUCAAGCUCUAGAGAAGAUCCUGCAGCUGAAGGAAAUGAGACAGGAACAGCUCAGCACUGCCCCUACAGAGGAGGAAGACGAUGAUGAAGAGUUGGACAUGAACAAUUCCUCCGCUCGACACUCGGAUGAGGACGACGAAAGCACUCUUUCUAAAAAAGACAAGAAUCGCAAGCGCAGGAACCGGAAGAAGAACAAGAAGAAGAAGCGGGAGCAGGAAAAGAAGCAAGAGGAAAACAGGAAGAAAGAGGAGAACCGUGAGAAAGAGCCAGAGGUGGAGAUUGAGUACGUCACAGAGGAGCCUGAGAUAUAUGACCCCAAUUUCAUCUUCUUCAAGAGAAUCUUUGAAGCUUUCAAGCUGACAGAUGAUGUGAAAAAGGAGAAGGACAAGGAGCCAGAGAAGGCUGACAAGCCAGAAACCAUUUCCUUGAAAAAGAAGGGAUUCGAGCUGGAGAGGAGAGACAGUGAUGACAGUGAUGAGGAAAUAAAGAAGGACAUGCCCAAGCUGUCCAAGAAGAAACUGAGGAGAAUGAACAGACUGACAGUGGCGGAGCUCAAACAGCUGGUGGCUCGUCCUGAUGUGGUGGAGAUGCAUGAUGUGACUGCGCAGGAGCCCAAACUGCUGGUGCACCUGAAAGCCACCAGGAAUACGGUGCCUGUGCCGCGACACUGGUGCUUCAAGAGGAAGUAUCUGCAGGGGAAGAGAGGCAUUGAGAAACCUCCGUUUGAGCUGCCAGAGUUCAUCAAAAGAACCGGCAUCCAGGAGAUGAGAGAAGCUCUGCAGGAGAAGGAGGAUGCCAAAACCAUGAAGACCAAAAUGAGAGAGAAAGUUCGUCCCAAGAUGGGGAAGAUUGACAUCGACUACCAGAAACUUCACGACGCCUUCUUCAAAUGGCAGAUCAAACCAAAGCUCACGAUACACGGGGACCUGUAUUAUGAGGGAAAAGAGUUUGAAACGAGGCUGAAAGAGAAGAAGCCAGGUGAUCUGUCAGAUGAGCUUAGGAUUGCUCUGGGGAUGCCCACUGGACCCAACUCUCAUAAAGUUCCUCCACCGUGGCUGAUCGCCAUGCAGAGAUACGGACCCCCACCUUCAUACCCUAACCUGAAGAUCCCCGGGCUGAAUGCCCCCAUCCCUGAGGGCUGUUCAUUCGGGUACCAUGCGGGCGGCUGGGGUAAACCUCCUGUGGAUGAGAUGGGAAAACCUCUGUAUGGAGAUGUGUUCGGAACUAACGCAGUGGACUUCCAGGCCAAAGCAGAGGAGGAGGAAGUAGAUCGAACCCCUUGGGGUGAGCUGGAGCCGUCUGACGAGGAAUCAUCCGAGGAAGAAGAGGAAGAGGAGAGCGACGAAGAGAAACCAGAUGAAACUGGUUUCUUCACACCUGCAGACAGUGGUAUGAUCACUCCUGGUGGGUUUUCCUCUGUACCUACUGGCAUGGAAACUCCAGAGCUCAUUGAGCUCAGGAAGAAGAAGAUCGAAGAGGCCAUGGAUGGAAAUGAGACUCCUCAGCUGUUCACAGUGCUGCCGGAGAGAAGAACAGGACCAGUGGGCGCCGCGAUGAUGGCCUCCACUCACAUCUAUGACAUGUCUGCGGCGGCAGUGGCGGGGCGUAAAGUGGCCGGUGUUUCAGGUCUGGGUGGAGACUCUCAGGGUGUGGAAGUGGCUUUGGCCCCAGAGGAGUUGGAGUUGGACCCCAUGGCCAUGACGCAGAAGUACGAGGAGCACGUCAGAGAGCAGCAGGCGCAGGUGGAGAAAGAAGAUUUCAGCGACAUGGUGGCCGAACAUGCAGCCAAACAAAAGCAAAAGAAACGAAAGGCGCAGCCACAGGACACACGUGCAGGAGCAAAGAAAUACAAAGAAUUCAAGUUUUAGCCCCAGAGAGAGCUGUGGAAGACCACCCAUAUUCAUCCUUCAUUUUGUUUUUCUUUUUAACUGAUUAAGUUCUGUAGAAUCACCCUCAUGUUUGUUGCCGUAAUCUUACAAUGCGCAACUUUUUGCGUAUAUGGUCAAUGUUUUUUUGUAAAUAAAAUGCCAGUCCAUGACAAACU